CGUAGAUCGUGCUUUGUUCAUAAAUUAAGAAUGACGUUCUUUGUAUAUUGGAUAUUUUUUUCAGAAAAAUAAUUACAUUAAAUUAAAUGCUUUAUUCUGAUAAUAAAAACAAAAUUUUUUAAAUAUCUUAGAUAUCUUUAUGUCUUAAAUUGCUAUUAAUAAUGGAAACACAAAAAUGUUGAAAUUUAACUCAAAACUCGAGUUAAGAAUAAGGCAUUUAAAUGACAAAUUUCGUGUUAAUAAUAUCAAACUUUAUAACCUAUAAGCAUUGUAAAUCACUGAAGAUGCAUCAUUUUGAUGGAUAAAUAUGCAACAUAACUGAACGAUCGAUAUAAAAGGAGAUGCAUCGAGAAGAUCGCUUUUAUGACUGUUGCGUAUCGAAUAUGGCUUUUAAUGAUUUAUGGAAGGUAACGAUAGUCCCAUCCCAAGUUACAUCUUCGAACGACACAAUAACGUCUUCGACGAAAACUUUAAGUACCAUAACCGAGCGAGAAAGUAACCGAGAUUUCUGUCUUUCGUUCGAUGAAAAUGAAGGGAAAAAGGAUACAUACGGAAACGCUGAAAUGUCGAAAAUUAUAUCAUUAUCACCUACCUACCAGAAAUUGAAUUGCGAUUAUUCGCAUCGCUCUUUUAAAUCAGGCAAACCACUAACCUCUGUGUUACACGAAAAUGAGAAAGAAUCACACGAUCGAGUGAAAGAUAAAAUAAAUAACAAAGAAGCAGGUUCUCCAAUGCGUAAAGAUACGAUUAAUGCACCGGAUGCACUCUUCAUCGAGCUAGAAACGGUUUAUAAGAUUCUCGACUUCAUCGCAGACUCUGACCCUAAAGUUUCCUCACUGACUAAUAAUUGUUGUAACGAGAUUUCGCGAACAUUGCAAUGCUUAUUGGCCCAGCGUCGCGAUAAGAAAUUAGAGAAUCUCCUCUUAAACGAUUCCUCUUUGCGCAGAUGCGAACGUUGCGGAGUAAUAAGUUAUAUGCUAGAAUCGCGUUCUGCUAUUGAAAAACUUAAAAAAAGUAGAACAAAACCCAGAUACAAUAGUGAGACUAUAACUGCCGAGCGCGAUUGUAGUAAUAAUGAUCAAACUAAUGAGCAGUCAGAGAUUUUAAUAAGUGCCCCAGAUUUAAUAAAUAACGUACGAUCGAAAAUUAAAGGAAUUAAUGACUCCAAAGAGAAUCAAAUUGAAUACAAAGACAAAUUGAGCGAAAUGAAAUUAUUGCCAAUUGAAGAACGCGCUUUUGUAAUGAAGGGAUGUAUUGAAAAUUCAAAAGAAUCUGAUAAUAUUUCUGUUACGAGAGCCGAUAUUAGUGCCACGAUUAAUAAUACAUUUUAUCAAGAUAAUAAAGCUAUCAAAAAAUUAUUUACAAAUUUGGAAACAGAGGAGAACAAAAGAUACAAAUGCAAAGCCGCGCGAAGUAAGUAUAGUAAGCAUGACUCUUCAAACGUGAUAAAAGCUUACGCUAGUAGUAUUGACAGAGAGGAGAUCAUAAGGGAGAUUUUGUAUGAGCCAAAAUCGCAAAUCGAUGAUUUGUUGGCAAGAGAUCGAUGUUCUAAUAUCGCACGGAAGAUCCAUCAAGCCUCGCAACGACCGCUCGAUGAUAUAUACAAGCACGGUGAUAUUUAUCCGGUUGUCGAUACCGUGAAAUAUUUGGCGCGCGGUCAAUUUACGGAGUUAGACGAGAAAGAAGACGAACUUCUCUCGAAAUUACAAGAAAGGCGUUGCACUCGCCUGAAUGACACCAGAAACGAACGGAGUUCCGUCUUGUAUGGCAGCCGAGAGGAUUGUCUGCAGCGUGCUGACGCGGGAUUUUGGUUGUUCGACGAAUCGGGACGUUUACCUCGGGUAGCUUCAAACGAGUACCGUUAUCCACUGGAAAUAGACAAUGAUAGAGAGAACGUUAGCUUUCCUUCAAAUAUUUCGCGACACUUUCAUGCGGUAACGAAAAUGAAAACGGACAGACGGUCUAGUUACAUGGAAAAGGAUUCUCUCGAGAAUUGCGCUUCUUCGGAGCAAAGAAGGGGGAGUAAUGCUACGACCUUUAGCUCGUCAUCCAUCGAAAAUUUGAUCCUCGGAUCUCUGCGUAGGAAACACGAGAUGAAUAAUAUAGACAAAGAUAUCUCUCGAGGUCGCAAAUUAGUUUCGUCAAGGCCCUCUCUGGACAUCGCUCGACAUGUCAGAGCUCAAAUUGCGAAAGACAGACUCUCUGGUAACGCAGAAGAAUCGAUGAGCGAGCUGUGUACACAUGACUCGAAUGUCCUAGCUCGAUUAUCGUCAGAAACGCGCAGGGGGAUUCGUCGUUUGAUUAAAACGAUUGUGACGUCGAACAAGAAUUCGACGUUUUAUUACAAAAAAUAUUUAACGAGCGACACACUAAAUAGCGGAAAGUUACUACAUUCUAGAUCCGCGGAUGCCACAUUUGCGCGUUCUAAUAAGUGUUAUAAGACAGACAACGAGACAAAUAUUUUCGCGGAUGACUGUAUUCCAACUAAACUGUCCGAGUUACGAAAGGGUCGUCCGCUUGGGAGGCAAGAUAGCUUUGUAAAUAUGCGUAGCCAGGAUCAGAAUAAAUCCAAAGAUUCCGUCAAGGAUUUUCACGAGAAUGUAACUUCUGUUUCUUCUGACAAGUCGACAGAUAAUUCUACAAAAAGAAUCACACGACGAAUUAUUUACAAGGACGCACCGUUGAAAAACAUUAUCGGAAAUAACGACGAGCACGUGGUGGCGGAGUUUUUGCCAAUUUAUCGUAAAAUUCUCAAAAAUAGCGAGGACAUGGACUGGGAAAAUUUUCGGGAGUUUGUCGAAGUUCUGCAUCCUCGUGAGAAAGAAUUGUGGCGCGACAUUUGUAGAACUAUCGGUGAAGAAGUGAGAAGGACAAGCGGCGAUGCGGAUGUUAACACAGAAAUUUACAUAGAAAUCAGUCCGGUAAACCCUGAAGAGAUUUCGAAAACAAAAAAAGUAAUGACGUGUGCACGAGAAAUCGUGUUUGAAUUGAAUAUGACAUUAAAAGAUGUCGAGGAUUUUCAACAAAAGACUCGUUGAAGAACGUCUUGACACACACAUAUUAUAUAUGAAGUAACGAUGGGCAGUGGGAGAUCGAUUUUAAAGCAGAUUUGCUAGUUAAGUCUUGUACAUAUAUUUGAAAAUGUAUCAGUUUUACGUCGAUCUUAUUUAAACGUUUUUCAUUGUCUUAA